AUGAAGUUAAAGGAAAUUCACAGGACGUCGACAUUCGCAUGGUCUCCCUCUGCGUCGCUUCCGCUGCUGGCCACGGGAACCGUAGCAGGAGCUCUUGACGAAUCGUUCAGCAACGAAAGCCAGCUGGAGAUCUGGGCUCCGAAUUUUCUCGACAAAGAUGAAUUCGAUCUCGGCGUUGAGGGACUACACGGACCAAAAGGCCAUGUGACGGAUAAUGCCAGGUUUAAUCGUCUGGCAUGGGGUUAUGGUGAUGCAACCCGCCCGCAAGGCGUGAUUGCAGCGGGUCUGGAGAAUGGAGAACUCGCCCUGUGGGAUCCAGCCAAAAUUCUAGCCGGCGCUGGUACUGCUGAUUCUCUCAUUUUGCGCAACACAACGCACACGGGUCCAGUUCGAGGAUUAGAUUUCAACCCUAUCCAAAGCAAUCUCCUUGCUUCGGGCGGUAUCAGUGGGGAGGUUUUUAUCUGGGAUUUGAAAGACCCUAGCAAGCCUUACUCGCCAACACCAGGCAGUCGUAGCACAAAGCUCGACGAAAUUACGUCCGUUGCGUGGAAUCAGCAAGUGCAGUACGUUCUCGCUGGCGCAAGCAGCACCGGCUACACUGUCGUUUGGGAUCUGCGAGGAAAGCGUGAAGUCGUUGCCCUCGCCUAUGGAGGUGGAGCAGGCACUCUGGCAGGUCAGAGUGGAGCUGGAGCUGGCAUGGCUGUCGGUGGCCGACGCGGUAUGAGCGACAUUGCAUGGCAUCCCGAUAAUGCUACCAGAGUUGUGACAGCCUCAGAAGACGACUCUUCCCCGAUCAUCAUGGUUUGGGAUCUGCGUAAUGCGCGUGCGCCAGAGAAAAUCCUCACAGGGCACGAGAAGGGCGUUCUCUCUCUUUCAUGGUGCAAGCAAGAUGCCGACCUCCUUCUCUCCUGCGGUAAAGACAACCGAGCGCUAUGCUGGAACCCACAGACGUCCGAGAUCAUCGGCGAGCUUCCCUCUGCAGACAACUGGGCAUUCCAAGUCGACUGGUGCCCGCGCAACCCCGAUAUGCUAGCCACGGCGUUCUUCGAUGGUACGAUUGGCAUACAUUCGUUGCAAUCUACCAACGAGACGACUGCCGACUCUCGAACACCUGCGCCCCGUGCUGACGGCGCUGAUAUCUUCGAUACCCCUGGUUUCUCCCGUGGCGCCAACCAGGGCACGCUCUCGCUCAAGCAACCGCCCAAAUGGCUCCGGCGCCCAGUGUCCAGCUCCUUCGGCUUUGGUGGCAAACUUAUCACGGUGUCGAACCUUGCCUCCGCGCAAGGCAAAACCCAGUCCAGUGUCGUGCACCUCAGGAAGGCCGUAACAGAGGCUGACCUCGUCGAGCGUGCUACCAAGUUGCAAGAGGCCAUCGACAAUGAUACCUUGCAGACAUUCGCAGAAGGAAGGAUGGACGAGAAAGGUGGCGAGGGAUGGAAGGCGCUUUUGAGUCUGUUUAAGGCAAACUCCAGGAACGAGCUCGUCACUCUACUCGGUUUCUCCAAGGAAGAAAUCGCGGCGAGGGUGGCGGAAGCUGUGGAAAACUUGAAGUCGGCCAAAUCCCCUUUGGAGGAGGAAGAGGAUAUCACCAUGUCCAAACCUCACGAGUCGGUCGUGUCGUUUGCCGAGCCAGAAAGUCAAGAGGUGCCCUCCGACCGCAGCGACCCUGGCGACAGUACCCCUCUGGAGGAGCAAACUCCCUCUGAGGUCAGCGCUGGGGUUACGUCGGACACUGCGAGUGCUACACAUCAGGCUGAUGGCGAGUCAAACACGACUGCUCCGAGUCUCUUUGGGGACGACAUUCCCGGCACGCCCCAGCACGAUUUCUUCAACACUGUAGGCGUUGCUCAGGACGAUGGCGAGUCUCAUCCUGUCCUCGUCCCUCACACCAACUACGGGCUCGACUCUUCCGUAGCGGCCACCAUCGGAUCUGGACCCUCCUCUGUGACCUCAGAGACGAUGAAGAACAAUGGUUUCAAGAUCUACCCGACUGAGGAAACGGAUAUCGAUAGGCUCAUCACCAGGGCGCUCGUCCUCGGCGACUUUGAGUCUGCUGUAUCACUAUGCCUUUCCGCCGACAGGUUCGCGGAUGCCAUCCUGCUCGCUGUUCGUGGUGGUCCUGAGCUACUCCAGCGUACACAGAAGGCGUACUUCGAGCGCCGUACCAACCAGGUCGCCUACCUCCGUCUCUUCCAGAGCAUUGUCAAUAGCGAUCUCGGCGACAUCGUGCAGAACGCGGACCUGGCAGAAUGGAGAGAGAUCUUUGUUGUCCUUUGCACUUUCGCCAACAACGACGAAUUCUCGACCCUCGCCGAGCAAUUGGGAAGCAGGCUUGAGUACCGGUUCAAGGUUGCCAGUGCCGAUGGUGAUGCAGAGAGCGAGCGAGAGGCGUAUGCGUAUAGGAAGAAUGCCACGCUUACAUAUCUUGCUUCGGCCCGUCUGGAAAGAUUAGUCAGCAUAUGGUUGGAGGAGCUGGUGGAGGAAGAGAAGGCGCUCGUCGCUGACCCGAAGAAUCAGGGUGGAACAUUCUAUUCGGCCCAUGCUCAUGCCCUCCAGACGUUCGUGGAGAAAGUUACGGUCUUCCGGGCUGCGACGAACUACAAGGAUCAAGCGCUCAGCCAACCUGCUUCGGCUACUGAGCCUGCCCAGGCGUAUACGCUUGCCCCUUUGUAUGAUCGUUACUUCGAAUAUGCAGAACUGCUCUCGACGCAAGGGUUGGUGAAGGAGGCCGUCAAAUUCCUGGAUCUGACACCCGUCAGCUACAAAGGAUCUGCACCUGGUGCGGAUCUCGAGUCGGAGAGGAAGAGGUUGAACGGUGCUGCUGGUCCUGGCCCAAUUGCCAGCACCUCAGCCGUGGCGUCCAGCUCGACAAAACCGGCGUCUGCUGCUGCUGCUACCACGACCAGAACGGCUUACGGAGGCUACACAGGAUAUGCGGCGCCUGCUCAACCCGCCAUCCCUCAACAACAGCGUCCCAUAGCCUACCAAUCUUUUGAAGCACCUGCCACUCAGAGCCACGCAUACGCCCCAUCUGCUCCUCAGCAUAACGCGUAUGCACCUCCUGCUCAGCCACAAUCUAUGUACGCUCCUCCUGCGCAGCAACAAUCUACAUAUGCACCUGCUGCCCCGAGCUACAACACUCCGUAUGCCCCGCAAGCAUCCCUUACGCAACCACAUCUUCGACCACAACAGCCUCCUGCUCCAACGGCGAACACGUUCCCGCCACCACCCCGUGCGGCAAACGGAACGCCAUCGAGCCUUGCCCAACCACCUCCACCGCCUAAGCGAGAUGCUGGAGGUUGGAACGAUGCCCCUUCCGUUCCUACUAGUCGAACUCCGGCACCCCUCCAUCUCAGCAAACCGGCCGCCAUCACGUCGCCCUUCCCUAAUGCGGCACCCUCCCCUGGCUUUUCGCCUCAAGGUUCGCCGUACAUGAGCCAAAAUUCAGGUACCCUUCCACCACCUCCUCGGCCCGGAAGCGUCAAUCGCGGGCCGGUUCCUCCGCCGCCACAAGGACCGGCAGGACGUAUACACCCUGGCCCCCCACUAGCUGGUGGUGCAUUUCCAGCAAGGCCGCCAUCGACGACAGGUGGACAGCUUCCACCGCCUCCGUCUCGCUUGAUGUCGCCGCCGCAAGGCGCUCCGGCAUCCUUGCCACCAAAUCGUCAACCGACUCCCAGCCAAUACGCCCCACCUCCAAGAGGACCGAUUCCUGGACAGGCGCCGCCAUCGCCCAACCCUUCGCAGUUCAGUAGGCCACCACCUCCGCCUCAGCAAGGGCAACUUGGCCAACCCUCCGCGCCCAACCCAUAUUCAAGGACGACAUCGCCGCCCCAGGCACCAGGACCGUCAAUGUUGAUGGGCGGACCUCCUCCACACCAGCAUCAGCAGGCACCACCACCGCCCGGCCCGUAUGCUCCUCCGCAAGGGUUGCAGCAACCCCAACACAUACAAGGCCCACCUUCAUCGCAGGGUCCCCCCCCACCGCCUCCACAAGCUAGUGGGCCUCCGCCCGGCCCUCCUGGAGGCCCAGCUCGCGCACCUCCAAGGGCAGCAUCUGUAAAGGCGGCGCCUCCUGCCCCCAAAUACCCUGUUGGUGACCGAAGCCAUAUACCGGAUUAUGCUCUGUCCGCAUACGAGUCCAUUUCGGAGCACCUGAACAGGUUGAGGCAAACGACGCCCCCCAACCAAAAGCGUCUCGUCGACGAUUUGGAACGGCGAAUCAACCCUCUUUUCGACGCUCUGAAUUGCGAAACUCUGUCUCGUCCUGUGGUUGAUCAACUCGUUGUGCUGACGAGAGCUAUGGAUGCACGCGAUCGUCCUAACGCACUGGCUAUUCACGUCGAAUUGUUGACCCGUGGAUCGCAAACGGACGAUAUUGGAAUGUGGAUGUCUGGAAUCAAACAACUUAUAAUGCGCUUGUGA